AUGGAGCUACCUGAGCUCGUCAAGAUGUUGCGUCGCAUGCAAUCCUUAGUCUCUCUGACCUUGCACCGUGAACGAAGAGAAUCUGACGACGCACCCUUCAAAGGAAAGCCUGUGCAAUUGCCGCACCUUCGACAUUUCCAUUGUGAAGGAUCAACCGCCACACAAGCUCUGCGAUACUGGUCGUCCAUCAUACCGUCACCUUCGUCUGAAGCGACUCUCCUCGAGGAUAUAUACGAUCCUGAUCACAAAUUAUGGAAGAAAAUACUCGAAUCGAAGGCCGUGACUUCGUCGCGAAGAGUCUUCCCUGAUACAUUACUCCUUCGCCAUGCCUAUGACGACCCAUAUAAUAUAUCUUUCGAGCACGCCGAAUUCACGUCUCUGCCUUACGAGUUCACGUUUACCAGCGAAUGGGCUUACUCGGCGCUCUCUUCCUCGUCACCCCCAUCGGGCAUCACUCUGCGCGUCGAGGUGGAAUACGAAGACAAAGGAAGGCCUCACGGUCGCGACAUCCUCGUAUCCUUGCAACCCCUUGUAGCCCAACACAUUCGACGACUAUGCAUUGUACAACCGGAUGUCGCACUGGGCAUUGACGAUCAUACAAGGUACAGGGAAGACCGCGAGAUGCUUCGCUCGACUUUCCGUCCUUGGUCACAACUACGCGCGCUAUGUAUCGUGAAACCCGGCAGUGGAACGCUUCGAGCUCUGCGCAUACGUGAUGAAGACGAGAAAGACGACACCCUCCUGCCUCUUCUGCGAGAGCUUGAAAUCGAAGUACGCGGACACGAGCCAGAUGGAUGGUGGUUCGAGCUGCAUUACAUGCUUAUGUCGAGGAGGGACGCGCGCUGUGCGCUCGAACGCUUCACUUUGCACGGCCUUGACUGCCCUACCAAGAAUGCGCCUUAUAUGUCCUCCAAGAAGUCGACGAUGGUCGAAUUGACUUCUGACUGUCAUUCCGCCAUGUUUCCCCCAUGCACCAAGAUCUUUGUUGAUGAGCGCGUCACAUUUUGA